AUGGAAUUCGGGAAACGCUCACUAGUCCCGCAGCCGCUCUACGCGUUGAGGGUGGAGUCUCGGGACGCUACAGUAGCAUUGAUUUCGGAUCAUGCUAGUAGCCUCGCCUCUUCUGUACGUCAGCGCCCAUUUACUUCAGUUGUGCCAAUUGACUGGCUAAACUACCUUAACAAAGUUGAGGAAUAUGUUAGGAAAGGACUCACCCAUGGAUCAGAAAAGGACCUAGUGAUUAUAUAUGAAUAUGCAAUUGAUGUCCUUCCGGAGUUAUGGAAUGAUGAGAGUUACACAGUGAUUAUGAUACGUCUAGCCAUUUUAAAAGGUACUGAAUCGUUUGAUGAGGUCUUGAAGUUUCUCAUUAUUCUUAAUCUCAACGCCCCUUCAAAUGCCCGCCUAAUGAUUGCUUUGGCGCACUACUUUACAGUUUUAGGUAAUAUGUCUCGUGCUGCAUCUAUUUUGGAUCGUGCCAAAACCUUUGCGACCUGUGAUUUAGACAAGAGCUUACUUGAAAAAGCGAUAAAGUGGCACAAACAUGGCCUCUCAUUUCGUCCUUUGAUGGGUAUUUACGAUUAUGUGCCCACUAACACUGGUGCUUGGGGUAACAGGCUGGGGAAAGGCCCUAGUCUUCACAAGAGUUUUUUGCCUGACCUCAAAGAGAGAUUGAAGCCAUCAGUGUACAGUUUCAAGUCACCAGAUGAUCAAAAUGAGUCAAGUAGUGGUGAGAAGCCUGAUUCUAAUGUCUCAGAUAUAUCGAUGGAGGUGGUGGAUUCUGAGUUACAGUCACCAAUUCGACGUCCACCCUGGCCACUUCAGCGAAUCGGCGAGGAAGAUGAGGAGGCGGAAGCAGAGUUGGAAAAUAGGGUCGAAAGUAAAAAGACUGAUAUGGAGAGUCUUGUGACUGUACAAAUACCCUUCCAACCCUCUUCUGUCCAAACCUUCGAUGAGUCUUCAUGUGUCCACAUGUCUUCUCAGUUUUCGGCCUCGGAGGAUGAUAGUGGUGCUGCCACUGUACAGCCAGGGACGGUGUCCGUAAAGUCAACUCUCUUUCUUGGUAGAACGGGAGGAGUGGACAAGGAAAAUGUUUGUCAACAACCACCACCACCGCUAUCGCCUUCUUCCUCCACAAGGCAUAGACGUGUUUCGUGGGCGGGUCCGCGGGAGGCCCUUGCGAGGCUGAAGAAAGCGGAGACAAGGGAGAUGAAAGCGAUGGAGGAGGCAGAGGCAGAUCCCAUCUCGGCGCUGGUGGAGCGGUCUAACGUUGUAGUGGAUGGUGAGAAAUUUAUCGUUCUACGACAAAUUGCUCGCGGGGGAUUUUCAUCGGUGUUUUGUGUGAUGAACAAGAAGCGCGAGAUGCUGGCACUUAAGCGUGUCGGACUGGUCUCCGCCUCGGCGGAUGUAUUGGAAGUGUGCAAGAACGAAGUUGAUCUCCUCUUGUCCCUUCGUGAAUCCGGCCGUGUCAUCGCUCUCUACAAUUAUGAACUCUCACCCUCCCAUUUGGUGAUGGUGUUAGAGCUCGCAGAACAGGAUCUCAAGUCGCAUCUGAAGAUGCGUCAGGAGAGCGGAUCCCUCCCUGACCACGUUGUCACCUUCCUUUGGAACGAGAUGCUUGCUUGUGUCAAGGUCAUCCACGACCGACACCGGAAGCCCAUCGAGAGGCAUACUACUUUCCUGUAUUGCUCAACUCAAUGCAAAUCAGUGCAAAUUGUAUUCGCUGUUUUGAUGAAGAAACGAGGUAUUGGCUUCAUCAUUACUGGACCGGAUGAGCUCGUAUUAAUGUCGUCGAACGCUGAGAAAGGUCGCUACAGUGAGUGGACAUUGCUUUCACGUACGCACUUUUCCUUCGACGUCGCCCAUUGGUUCGCCUGCUAA